AGCUCAUAGCUGGGGGGAGCUGUCCAAGUUGGUAUGUAAAAAAAUAAAUAAAGAUGGACGGACGGAUGAUCCGAACAGAACCAAAAAUCACGAUGGCUGGAAUGGGGCAUCCCCAUUCGGCGCGGACCGCCCGAGUGGGUUUCUUGCAAAAGUUUCCCAGUGUUCAACACUUGGGAUUCUCUUGGCUUUUCCCGCCUUACCCGUUUUUACCCUAGAAGCAUUUCCGUAGUGGGAAUGGCUGGC